AUGGCUUUUCCCAGUGGAACUACAUAUCAUGCAGACUCUGAUGCCGACGACGAGUAUGAGAGAAGCGUCAUGACUUCACCGACCCAACUACACACAGACUCCGAGACAUCCUCCGAACCUGCCUCGAACGAACAUACUCCCACCACCUUUGACCCAGCUGGAGAGGAAUCGAGUUUACCGAGAACAAUAAUAACAGAAUGGACCCCAGAGGAGUGCGCACAAUUCGUCGCCAGUCUCAACCUGCGGCAGUAUUGCCAGGCUUUUAUAGAACAUGGCAUCGAGGGAGAGGCGCUUGUGGCCCUCAAACAUGAAGAGCUCAAAGAGAUGGGCAUAGCCAGUGUCGGACACCGGCUGACCAUACUGAAGAAUGUGUACGAUUUGAAAGUGAGACAGGACAUCCAAGUCGAACCUGACGACUAUAUUCCACCGACCGCCGAAGUCAACCCUCGCCAUGAAAUGGCCACGAAAGAAGAUAUCAAUCGUCUCGCCCAGUCUCUCAUACGCCUGCGGGAGGAGCGAAUAGCCCAAGCUGAAGCGCAGCUGACUCGGCUGGCCGACGACUACCGCAAGCUGCGACAGGAGCUCCUCCCUGUCUUCAAGAUGGCCAAAGAACGCUCCGAACCUCUGCCCUAUGCACCCUACCAGUCUUCAGCCCUCAGCCCGGAAAUGUAUCAGCAAGACCAGCCAUCUCCCCUGCCUCCUCUCCUAGCGACACAAGCCGCCCCUGAGAAGACAAGUCUUACUAGGACUUUCUCUAAGAAAUUGGGCCUGAGCUCGACACCAAAGAACAAUUCACCCACCCACAUCCCAGGCACGAUUCACGAGGGUAGGGCAUAUGCAGAUAACUCGUCGCUUGACCCCAGUGCUGCGGCAAGUCUGGCUAGCAAUUCAUUAACGGCUCAAAUGUCAGGCGGAGCAAUGCCUCACCCAAGCCCGGGCAUUCCCUCACCUACGUCUCCGUUACCUUACCAGCAUCAGCCACUAGCACCACGGAGUUAUCAGCGCGACGGAAACAACAUAUCGAGAUACGAUGGCUCAGAAGAUUUUCGGACGACUCAAGUAGCCAGUGAACGAGAGCCACCGACGUCGGCAAAGAGUGCCAGUGCGAAGAUCAACCCGACGAAUUCGACAAUAUCAAAUGCAAGCACACUAAUACCUUCGAGAGAACAGUCAGCAAGCGUACCGCCACAGUUACCAUCGAGUGCGGCUGGUGGGCAUACACCUGGCAGCGGCGCAGAGGCUCCCAGUGUAGAGAUCUUCAAGUCUUUCCGCGUGGGACUGGAAGAUCCUUGCUACAAGGUCUUGCCGGCUGCAUUGCGCAAGUACAAUAUCCAGGCAGAUUGGCGGCAGUAUGCUUUGUACAUUGUCUACGGCGACCAAGAGCGAUGCGUCGGCCUCGAGGAGAAGCCGCUCGCUCUCUUCAAAGACUUGGACAAAGAAGGCAAGAAGCCAAUGUUUAUGCUAAGAAAGCUGGCGAAUCCAAUCAAUGAUCCAGGCAGUGCUGCCGCUGGGGGUGUGAAGCCCUUAGGAAGCGCUGGGCAGCUUUCGAGUGCGGCGAGUGUGCGGAGUGCAAUGCCACAGAAUCUGCCCGGUGGCGUUCUUUAG